AUGACCUCUACUUUAUUCCUCAAAUCUAAGCAUAUAGAUUUAGAUCAUGAGAAGAAGCCAAAUUUAAUUCCAGUAGAUAAAGAUCUUUUUGAUAAGGUAGUAGAAGAAGCCAAGCUUAUAAAACAAGAAAAUCAGCAGCUAAUGGAGCUUAAUAGAAGAAUCAUAAAAGAUCUGGAGAUGUACAUGUAAAAAGAUAAUUUAAAAGAAGCCAGCUACAUCAUCUAGGGAUUAUAUAAUUAAUAAUUUCUCCCAUUACGGUACAAAUUUUUGCUUUAAGACAAAAAGGAGUAUCUCAAAGCAAUUGAUUUCAAUAUUGAACAUAUUAAAACAGAUGUAAUCGGGCUUUACGAAAGUAGAAUGAAUGAAUUAAGACUUCAACUGCUUAAAGAAAAAGCCUAUUAAGAGACGAUAAAAAAGCAAAGAGAUGAAAUGGAAAGUAUGAAUAAGCAAUUUUAGGUUUUGCAAUAAAAAUUUGCAGGAAUAAAAAGGGAAAAUGACUCCAUGACCUCCAUCAUUAAAAAGAUUACAGAAAAAAGUAAUCAACUUAAAUAAGUCAUUAACUUUUACAAACAAAAGUACUAUGACAUAGAUAUCAGUGAGCUUCACAAAAAGAUUACUUUAGUUUCAACAGAGUGUAAUAAUUUAAAAGUUGUUAAUAAGAAACUAAAUUUUAAUCUAGCCAGGGUGAAAGAUAAUCACCUGAAUUUGAAGAAGAAGAUUUCGCAAGUAACUGGAUUCGUUUUAGAAGAGCAGGACAGAGAAUAAGCUGCACAGCUUUUGGAUGAGAAAAACAAUUUCAUCAAGAAGAUACUUGAAGAGGAUGAGAUAAUCUCUGAAUCUGAGGAUGAAAAUAAUGGCCAAUUCUUUAAUAUUGGCCAGUAGAGAAAUGCUUUUGAUCCCUUGAUAAGGGAAGAGUAUGAAGAAAAACUUAAGAAAAAUGAUGAUUUAGUAGCUAAGUUUUGA